AUGUCUCUAGCCAUGAAGAAGAGCCAAGUUCGGCUGGUGUUUCUGGGGGCAGCUGGGGUUGGUAAGACUUCCCUCAUCCGGCGAUUCCUACAGAACACAUUUGAACCAAAACAUCGCCGGACAGUAGAGGAGCUGCACAGCAAGGAAUAUGAGGUCAGUGGAAUUACCAUCAAGGUGGAGAUCUUGGACACUAGUGGUAGCUAUUCGUUUCCUGCAAUGCGCAAGCUCUCCAUCCAGAACAGUGAUGCUUUUGCCUUGGUUUACGCCGUAGAUGAUGCAGAGUCCUUUGAGCGUGUGAAGACUUUACACGAGGAGAUCCUUGAGCUGAAGGAAGAUAAGUUCCCACCGAUUGUAGUGGUGGGCAAUAAGGCUGAAGCUGGUGGGGUUAGACGCGUGUUGCCUGAAGAUGUUCUCUCCUUGGUGGAGCUUGACUGGAACAACCGUUUCCUGGAGGCAUCUGCUAAGGAGAAUGAGAAUGUGAUGGAAGUUUUCAGGGAGCUACUUCAGCAAGUCAACCUGCCCAGCCUGCUGAGCCCAGUUGUGCGGAGAAGACGUGAGACUUUCUCCAGUGAAGCCCCCCUGAGGCCCCCCAUGAACAAAGCAAAUAGUUGCACCAUCUGUUGAAUGUGAGAAUGUCAGCAUCAAGAUGAUGAUGUUGUUUUGUUUUUUGUUUUGCAAAACCUAGUCAGUAUGGGAUGUUGUCUGUAAAUAGUGUCAUACCUCUAAAUCCAAUGUGAUCUCCUCACCAAAUUAAGGCUGUAAUUUGUAAAGUGGAAGAGACGUCUCCUGUAUGACACAGAGCUCUAGGGGUAAGCUUGGCUAGGCUAAAGAAGGGAAUAUGGGUCAGUUGGCUAAUGCCUGAAACAAUAUUGCAAGGUAUAGAGAGCAUGAAUUGCAAAGGCAAGCAUUUGAGGACUCUCUUAAGGAACAUUUCAUUCUGGGGGCAUAUACUGAUAGUUUGUGUUUUCAGAUAGCUGAGUAGACUUUGUUUUAGCGGGGGGGAAGGUAGACAGUUUCA